AUGUCUACGACAUCCACCGACCGCAAUGUAUCUGAAUCGACACACCCAUUCGACGACAGCGAUGCAGACUUGAUCGUGCAGUCCUCUGACGGAAAACGCUUUUGCGUUUACCGUAAGAUCCUCGCGAAGGCAUCACCAGUCUUCAAGGAUAUGUUCCAGCUUCCGCCAGUACCGCAAGAUGAUGCGCUGGUGCAGCUGCAAGUAGCUGAGGACGGUGAGGAAGACAUUAUCGACGGUAUCCAUGUCGUCCGUGUCACGGAAAACGGCCGAGAAUUGGAGAACUUCCUCCGCCUUCUGAAUCCUUUGUACCCACCAAAUGAUCUACCUCUUGACGACAUCUUGCGCUUGCUGGACGCUUGUCGCAAAUAUCAACUCCAUGUGAUCCCUCCUCAGCUUAUGGGGAGACUUAGACGUCGCAUGAACCGCGAUCCGUGGCGGGUACUUUGUAUCGCUGAGGCUUUUGGUAUGGACGACCUUGUUCGAGACGUUGCGCAGAGUUUCUUGCGCCACAAUAUCUUGCCUCUCGGCACGAUGCCCCCUGAAUUGGGUCGUCUAUCAGGACCUGCUAUAUGGAAGAUUCUCAACUUCCACGGCGAUUGUGCUAAGGUUGCUGCCUCUAUCGUAGAGAUGAACACCGCAUCCAAUUGGGUCCUCACAGGUGUCGGGGACCGCAGUGUGAACACGCAACUCUUUAACCGUAACCUAAUAGAUUCCACUCCUGCAUGGAUAUGGUUUCGCUGCACGUCCUGCCCAGCAAGCAACAAUACCGUUAUACACUGUGCCGUAGGACGUGCAAGCGGAAACUUCACUCCGCGAGAUUGGUGGAAGGAGUACAUGGAUCGGAUACUAUACCGGGUCAAUAAUCGACCUCUCGGCUUCGAUCCCAGGGAGACCGAGUUACUCGAACCGUCCCUGCGAAAAGCGGCCAGCUGCUCUACCUGCGGCCCAGAGGCCUUCAAGGACCUCAUGCAGUUCGGUCGGAUCCUUGCUGAUCGCAUCAUGCAGGCUGUCUCGAAGAUUCAACUCGAAUUACCCUUGUGCUAA